CUGCUAUCCAAUAUCAGUUUAAUUCGCCUGUCAACCCUCGAUUAAGAAAUCCAAAAGUGGGCCGUAUCGACAAGCUGCUGUAGCAUUUGAGAAGUGGAAAAAGAAAGUGAGCAGUGACUCAGUCAGAUCAGCUCACAACCCUCGCCCUGCCUCUCAACGCUUGACGCAUAUUUAUCUACAUCCCCCCCCCGCCUUUACUUGUCUCGGCUUGCGGUUUGGCUUGGUGAUGGACGAAGUAACUAAGCCCGCAGUGGCCGGCGGCUCACUCGUGCGGCCAUGCACAAAGUGCUGGGCCCAGGAAGCGACUCUCGAUAGCAGAUCUCAUGCUGUGUGCAGGGACUGCUUCGCCAAGUUCAUCUCGACCAAGUGCAUCAAGCAGAUCGCCAUCCUCGGCAAAGAAACGCGGGCGCCGGGCGGGCCCCCGGCGGCCAGCAGCACUGGCGCCAGCACCAGCCCCCGGCGGUACCUACUGGGCCUGUCGCUGGGCGUCUCGUCGUCGGUCCUGCUGCACCUACUGAACGAGAACGUCGAGUUUCAGCUGGCCAAGGGCCGCAACGCCCCGUUCGAGCUCACCGUCGUGCACAUCGACGUCUCGUCCAGCCUCGUCCCCACAUCCACAUCCACAUCCACAUCCACAUCCACAUCUACAUCUACAGCAUCAGCACCGGCAGCAGCUCUAGAGAAAUACCGCCAGCGCUACCCGCGCUUCGACUUCCAGUGCGUGCCGCUGAGCGCCAUCUUCGGCCUGCGCACUGUUGACUGGUCGAAGCUGCCGGACGUGCAGAACAUCAACACCACGGCCCCCUCACCACCAUCACAGGACCAGAACCAGCAGCAAGAGCAAAAGCUGCGGCAGCUCUUUGACGGCCUCGCGUCGGCGGCGGCGCGCACCGACGUGCUGCGGCUGCUGGUGCGGCACGUGCUGGUGGCAGCGGCGCGCGACGGCGGGUGCCAGGCGCUGCUGCUGGGCCACAGCACGACGGCGCUGGCCGAGCUGACGCUGGCCGAGACGGCCAAGGGCCGCGGCUUUGCGCUGCCGUGGCUGGUCAACGACGGGCUGCUGCCGGUUGUCGAGUACGAGUACCAUGACAGUGGAACAGCCGCUGCAGCAAGGAACAGCGAUGGUCCUGCCGCUACCGCUGCAAGCAUGCUGGUCUACCACCCGCUGCGCGACGCGCUGCGCAAGGAACUAGUGACGUACGCGACGCUGACGGCGCCGCCGCUGACAGCGCUGAUCUCGGACGCGCCCGACGCGGCCGUCGCCACCUCGUCAAACGGUGGGAACGGGGCCGGAGCGGUGGUGUCGCACAAGGACCUCAGCAUCGAGGAGGUCAUGGUGCGGUACUUUGCCGAGGUGGAGACCAACUACGCGUCGGUGGUGGCUAACGUGGCGCGGACGACGGGCAAGCUGGUGCGGCUGGACAACAACGGGACCGGCACCGGCGAGGACGGCAACGGCGCGAGAUGCGGCCUGUGCGGCAUGCCGCUUGACGAGCAAGGCGACGAGCGGUGGCGGGGCGAGCUCGGGGAGGCCAAGGAUGACCAGUUGUUGUCGUCGUCGGGCCGGAUAUGCUAUGGCUGUGAGCGGUCUACCCGGGGAUAAAUAGAUAGUAGACCUAGGGUAGGGUUUCUAGACAUUGUAAUGAAACACAAAAGAGCACUUCCAGCGAAC